UGUCUUGCUAGAAUACAAAUCCAGAAAGUAAGCAAGAAAUACUUAUCCAUGUUAAAAUAUUCGAUCGAUUUGUUAUAGAAGACCAUUCGGACAAGAACAACUGUAGGUAUUUAAACAUAACACACUGUAUAAUAAUGAGCCGAAUUAAAUUCAUAUUUUGGGGUGAUAACUAAUAGAAGAUGUGAUAUCCCAACUGCGCGUUCUUCAUGAUUCUCUGACAUACGCCCGUGCAUAGACGUAUAUAUGUCUAUGCGCCCGUGGAUCCUCAGGGGUCUUUUUAAAGAGGGGACCUUUGAGCAUGGCAGUACCGUCUAUGGUCAGCACUGAUCUGAUCUGGUCGUAACACCAUGCAUGCUGGUUACUUUCAGAUCCUCUAUCUAUGGUAUGCACGCAGGACGUACACUAUGCACGUAUCAAUUCAAGUAAUUCAUUGAACCGAAAACAUUCCGGGUAGGCUGCACGCAAGUUUUGCUCAUUGUCGUGAAAUAUGUCUGCUAUUAUUAGAAGAAUCAUCAACACCGCGAAAGCUCCUGCGGCUAUUGGGCCUUACAGCCAGGGUGUGGUGGUAGAUCGCACCAUUUACAUCUCUGGCCAGCUAGGGAUGGAUCCAACCUCUGGCCAGCUGGUAGCAGGGGGAGUGCAGGCCCAGACCAAACAGGCUCUCGUAAAUAUGGGUGAGAUUCUGAAGGAGGCUGGGUGUGGAUAUGAAAAUGUUGUGAAAACCACAGUUCUUCUGGCAGACAUGAAUGACUUCAACAAUGUUAAUGAAGUCUACAAACAAUUCUUCCAGACAAACUUCCCUGCUAGAGCGGCCUACCAGGUUGCAGCCCUUCCCAGAGGUGGACUAGUUGAGAUCGAAGCAGUAGCCGUCCUUGGCCCCAUCACUGAUGCAUCUGCCUGAGAAACCUCACAGACUCUUCAGCUCUUCAACUGGACAGAAAUCCACAUCUCCAAACGUGUCCUGAAGCUUGGAUAUUCUAUUUCCUCCAUUUAAAUAUAGAUUAAUUAUGUUCUAAUCAUAAAGGGAUUAGAGUUGUGGGUUUUGAUUAGACCAUGUGGGGCCUUCCAGGACGCCACUAGGAUCUGGGCUUGAUCACCCGGCUGCUUUCACUCCCCUCAUUAACUCUUAAUGAGCAGCGUUUGGGGCCACUCUCCUGAUAACAGCUGCCUGUUUUGUUUUCCUCCGCUUCAUAUUUCAGUAUUGUGCUGAAUGGAGGCUCGUGCCUCACAGUACCUGCGGCUCCUCGCUGUAAUCGUGGCUCACUGGUGUCUUAGGGCCUUUCUAAAACCACCCUCUACACACCCUCUCCCUACCCACUUCCACUCCGUUUGCACAUUCACUUUGAGGGGUCCGUCAUAUUAAGUGCCAUCUACCCGUCAGUUGUAUUUCUGGUAGUAUUUGUUAAUUAAAGAACAUAUCAUAGAACAUAUUACAGGACACAGUGAAACUGAAACUGGCAGGAAAAACAGAAACACUGAGGAUCAAAUAGAAGUAGAUCUUCAUAAUACAUGUUUGGGUCUACAUAUUACAGCGUUAAUGUAAAUAAAACAUGAAAUGCAGCUCCACACAUGCAAUGAAAGGAGUAUAUUUUAUGGUGUUUUUUAUAUUUCAAUGAAAACAACUCUGACAUCAGUUUCCUUUUUUCAUUGAGGGCACCCCAAAGUUGGAUGCUGUAUUACACCCUUCCCCUUCAUUAAGAGUGCCCUCUGUAUCCGCGAGUGUGGCAACAAACGGACUACACUUCGUGACAGAGUGGGAGUUGGGAGAGUCCGGUUUGAGAAAGGCCCCUGGUUUAGCUUACAACAGAACUGCUCACAUUCUCAUUCAAAUCACAGAAUACUACUUGUUGUAAAGUAAUCAACUGUCAUAUCUGUAUUUGUUUACUUGAUUAAACUUAGAUUUACUUUACUCUACCCAGGACUAAAGCAUUUGGACUAUGUGGGAAAAUGUUCUAUUUUUGAAUAUCAAUACAAAUGUAUAAAAAUCA